UCAUCGGUUCAUCGGUUCUGCACGUAUUGUUUUCAAGUGUAGUUAAACAAUACACUCGUGAACGUUUCGAUGUGAUAUUAAGUACCUAGGUACCUGUUUUGUUCAACGUUCUACUUCAAUCAGUGCAUUAAAUGCCGGUAACUCCCGAUAAGAUAUAUCCAAUUUCAAGGUUCUCGUAUAUUGAAAAAUGGACCCGGUGGACAUGAAAACGAUGGAUUCAAGAGUCGAAGACGAGGAAGAAAUAAUGUCAGAAAUCGAAAAACACAUCAAUCAUAUAGUAGAAAAAAUGAAAAAUGAUGGCAUAUCUUUCGACGGUUGUGACACUCCCGAAAGCCCUCGAUUAAUGAAAUUAAUAGCACGAUUGCAACAUCAAACAGAUAUAACAAUUAGCAUAUGCAGCAGACCUGAAAUGGUUUUCAAACACAACUGGAUUCGUGAAAUCAUCACAAACUUUUUCCCGCAAACAGCGAAACAACUGCAGGGAGAAUCGGAUGAAUCUACCACGUCCACAAUGAAAGCUGCCAGACAUGGUAAUUUCCUGGAUUUGCAGACACUACUAAAGAAUGAGGAGAAAGAACAAUUAAAUGCAGAUAUUGCAGCUCCACGGAAAACUAUACUCCUUGCUUUACUCGAUGGUAUGAUUGCUUAUAAAUAUGAACAAUAUCCAGGCAGAGUACUUUUGGAAAAUAUAAUAGCAGGAAAGGGAGUACGUGAAUCCAUAAGAGAGACUUGUUUUUUCCACCAGAAGAAACCUUCGAGUUUCCAGGACAAACACCAGAUCAUUAUCAAUGCUUAGAAUAUAUUCUGAACAACGUUCCAAUCAACCAAUUGGAUAUCAAUUUUGAAGACGUCAAUGGGAAUACAGCUUUGCAUUACGCAGUCGCUUGGCAAGAGGCAAAAGCUAUUGUGUUGCUUUUGCAAAAUGGUGCUUGUAUGUGCAAAGCAAACAAAAACGGAACGAUUCCUUUGAAAUCAAUCAAUUCGCAAAUACUGCAACAGUACCUAGACAGCUGUAUCUCAUCCAAUAAUUACCCUCCUGAGCACACAGAUUAUCAGAUCACCAUAGAUUUCAAAUUGUUUAUGCCACAAAAACAACAGUAUGGGGGAGAAAAACAGGAAAACGUGUGCGAAACCGAACCUUUGCUGAUCAUUCUUAAAAAUUCCAGAUUCAAUAAUCUGCUCAGUCAUCCAGUUAUAACGAGUUAUCUUUGUUUAAAAUGGCACAAAGUUAAAAUAUUCUUCUACUUGAACUUGAUGUGGUACUUCCUUUACUGGUUUUUACUUAAUUCUCAUCUUAUUUGCAUUUCUCAUCAGGCAUCUCUUGAAAAGUACAACACCGAUGGCAUCCACGGAACCAUUAACUCCUCGUUUGAUAAUGUUUGUAAAUUACCUGUUUCUUGCUACUGGCAAAUCUUGAUCAUUAUUUCUUGCUCAACACUUAUUGUCAGGAAAUUGAAUCAUGGCUGGAAUCUGCCAAUGACGUAUUUCAAAUUUAAAGAAAACUGGGUGGAAUUAUGUUUGUUCGCAUCAACUUUCUAUUUCUUGUACGGUUCACACGGCAAUCCAGUAUUGGCAUCUGCGAUGGUAUUGGUUUCGUGGUUAGAACUGGUGCUAUUGAUUGGUCGGCAUCCUCUACUUUCCACUCAUAUUGAAAUGUUCAGAACAGUAUCAGUGAAUUUCUUCAAAUACCUAUUUCUGUAUUCCAUCAUGAUUAUUGCCUUCGCUUUCAGCUUCUAUAUCAUAUUCACAGAUGCAAAAACUGCCAACAGUCAGUCUAGCAAAUUCCAUUUCCUCAUCACGUCCAUCAUCGAGACAUUUGCCAGGAGCAAACUUGGAUUCGAUAAGUCGGCAGUCACAUCGAAUGAAUUAAACAUUUGGGCUGAUGUAUGCUCGAUCAUAUUCACCUACAUCAUAUCUAUCGUACUUCUCAAUCUGUUGAACGGGUUGGCUUUUGGUGACACUCUGAAAACCCAACACGCAUCUGAACUUAUAGGGAUAAAAUCCCGAAUUAAUUUUAUAGCUCAAAUUGAAAGUAUGACAGUGUUACCCUUUUUCAAAUUCAUUGAUAAACUUUGUCAUUGGUUUUGUUUCUGUUUCUCUUCCUUUGGUAAAAGAAGUCGGAAGUAUUUUGAACGAGUCAUUAUUGAGGAGCCUUCCUCCACCACGUCGACUUCUGGUAAACAAAAUUCGGCUCUGUCUUUCACUGAAACUAUCUAUAACCGCAUUUGCCUGAGUUAUACUUUGGAGGAUGGUAAAAUCAAAAUUUUUCCAAAUCAUGAACUUCUGAAUCAGAUAAUUUGUGAUCCCAAGAUAAUUGAAAAGGCUGUUGAUAUUUUGAAAAAUAAACAAAGCCGUGAGGGUCAAGAGUUGGAUGAAUUUUGUGAGAACAUACUUCAAGAAAUUAAAACAAAAAUUAGCUGUGACCUUUAUUACCCUUCCUUGAGGUCUGUGCAGCUAAAGGAUCAAAUUAAAUACUUAUGGUAGGUACUUACCUACCUGAAAUGAUAGAAUUCUCGGUGUAGAUAAAUUAUACUUGUAAUAACUAUAAAAACGUAACCUGAAA